AUGGCGCAACCGACCGAUUAUGAGCUACGAGAGUUUCCAUUGAACGGGCCGCCAUCCUAUCCGUAUGCUCCACAAGCUCAAGGAGCCAGUCCCCAGCUUCAACUUGGGCCACAGGCUCCUGAUGCAUCUCAUCCACCUGAGCAUGACCUGUAUCCGACUCACCCGCCGCCGGCUCAACCUGAGAUUCCGUAUGCAAAUCAGGCUCCGAAUUUGGGAGAGGCCACUGUUCCGUAUCCGUACCCGGUCACGGACGCUCCGUAUAACCCAUCACUUGCGAGGGCGCUGCCCUAUCAACAAUACGGGUACCAAGCCACCCACGCUGCCCAAGCCUACGCUCAACGAAACAAAUUCCUGGCACUAACCGCCUAUAUGGUGGCCGGGCUCGUGGAUUGUUUCCUCGGCUGGUCUUCGUCUUCGGAUGACAUUGAGGCACUUCUCGCGCGUUUUGAGGAAAAACAGAAAAAGCUGAGCCCCUAUCACACGUUGUCGGAGGAUGAAUAUUCAAAGGUCAUAUUUAUGCUGCCGCCCGGCCUAUCUAUCAGGCUGUGGAUCAUCUCAUUGAUCGGGUUGUGCCGUAAGCAGGUCAUCGUCAUCUGCCCGUAUAUGGUUUGCCAGGUGGUUUGGUAUUUU